AUGGGUGUGGAUCCUCCUUUGAUGAAAUGCGAUGUAACUCAAACAUGUGUGGAUACAACUGAUGUUUUUGUAACUGGUCAAAAAUUUGCUACAAGAGAAGAGGCGAUAAGUUGGAUUAAGGAGGUUGGAAUUAGGAAUAAAGUGACAGUUAUAAUAACUCGUUCAGAUACCAAAACAGGCAAGAGAGGAAGAAGUGAUAAAUUAGUAUUUGGUUGUGAUAGAGGUGGAAAAUACAAAAAAACAGAUAGCGAAACCCAAAGUGCUAGUAAGAGAUGUGGUUGUCCUUUCAAAAUUAGGUCAACACCGUCGAAAGAUGGUUAUGGAUGGAAGAUCGAUGUAAAAUGCGGAGUACACAACCACGGCUUACCUGAUAGAUUUGAAGGUCAUGCUUUCGUAAGUCGACUAAAUACAGAUGAUAAGCAACAUAUUGUUGAUUUGACAAAACGCCAUGUUCCACCAAGACACAUAUUAUUGUCAUUGCAAGAGCGUGGCCCGGAGAAUGUCACUCGGAUCACGCAAAUAUACAAACAUAAGAGUAAGGUACAAAAAGACAUAAGGGGUCCCAGAACAGAAAUGCAACAAUUGCUCAAGUUGGUUGAAGAAUCGGGUUAUGUUUACUGGAGUAGGAAAAAGGAUUAG